GUCACAGUUGCUGAGGUGUUUGCCUACACUGUCCCCGGCCGCAUUCGCCAAGCUCGGGCAGCCGUCCUGUCAACCAUUCCUGAGGAAGCCCCUCCUAAAGUUCUGAAUUUUGUCGUCUUCCCAGAUUUUUCAUACGAUUUGCCGAUAUUCGGCGCAGAUUUCGUUUCCUUGCCUGGCGGACAUUUGGUAGUCUUGGACUUUCAGCCGGUAUCAAGCACAUCCUUGUCGGUGGCGGAAAAAGCUCUACGCGACAUACAUGCUCAUUACAGCGCAUUGCUACCAAGCCAUGGGGAGAUUCCAGACGCAGCUCGGUCAUUUUUUUCGCCUUACUACAUGUUUAUCAGGGUGGAAGGGGACGCGCUGGUGGAG